AGGCUCCUUCUCCUUGACAGUUUCCUUUCAAAUCUCCUCCUGAAUUAAGUUGAGUCUCAGUUCUUCCUCUCAGCUCACAGAUGAGUGCUGCAAAUGUUGAAGAGAGUUCCAUGGGCAUGCUGCAGAGGACAGACCUCACUGCUGCAGACUGCCUGCAGGAGGGAGAAAUGGGUAAAAAAAUCCAAGGAAAAUGUCUCAGAAUCAUCUCCACUGAGUCUCGUGCUAAGCUUUACUGCUGCUAUGGAGUGAUCAUGGUCCUCACUAUAGCUGUAACUGCUCUUUCAGUUGCUUUGUCAAUGAGAAAUAAAAACCCAGUCAUGGAAAACCGUGAACCUUGCUAUACCGCAUGUCCAAGUGGCUGGAUUGGAUUUGGAAGUAAAUGCUUUUAUUUUUCUGAAGACAUGGGAAACUGGACCUUCAGCUUGUCCUCCUGCAUAGCAUCAAGUUCCCAUCUAGCACUGUUUGACAGCCUGGAGGAGCUGAAUUUUCUGAAGAGAUACAAGGGGGCUUCUGACCACUGGAUUGGCCUGCACAGAGCAUCAACACAGCACCCUUGGAUAUGGACAGACCACACUGAGUAUAACAACUUGGUUCUCACGCGAGGAGGAGGAGAAUGUGGCUUCCUGAGUGACAAUGGGAUCAGCAGUGGCAGGAGCUACACACAUAGGAAGUGGAUUUGUAGCAAAUUUGCCAGUAGUUGUAAAUCUAGAGUAGGAAGUGUACCAAAGCCUGUGUGAGAAUCAGAUGCUCUAUGACUUGUUAUCUACAGUUGGUGCUCUGCUCCUAAUCAACCAAAACCAUUAUCAAAAUCCAGCAAUAAUCACAUUGGCAGCCAAGAUGAAAAUUAGUUUAGAGGAGUGUUGGGCACCGGACAUAGGAGAAUAAAGGGAGUAGGAGAAAACCUGAGUCCCGCCAGAGUUCCAGUGCUCUGGGCAGGCAUACUCAGGAGUACUGCUGCAAGCUUUCAACGCGGCCCCGGGUGGGUAUCUGACUGUGGGAGACACAGAACCCCAGCCCGCGGGGAUUGGGGUGUGUGGACAAGUGGCAUCCUGAGGUCUCUGAGCCUCAUGGAUGCCAGAGAUAACAGGUUGUCAGUCUCGGGCAUCCCAGACACCGUUGGACACUGUGUGACAAAGAGCUGAGUGACAAAGUGGGAGCCCUGGGAGCACCUUGGCCAUCCCCAGGGCCAAAGGGAGGAGAGGGCAGGGGGAGAGGGGAUCCCAGGUGGUUCACACACAGGCGAGAGUCUCAUCUUUUUUGAGAAUUCCAUACGUGUAUAUGGCAUUUGAAUUUUACUCCUUACUAGAUUCUUUUCAGAUCAGGAAAAAUUGGUAUUGAACACCUUCAAAGUAUUUGAUCAUUAAUCUUGUCAUCAUUUACACACAUAUAAAUUUUAAGGAAAAAUAUUAACAAUUUUCAGAGCAUGUGCUACACUAAACUGAUGAGUCCCAAGGAGGACGAAAUAACAGGUCACAAGCAAUUCCUCAGUUAACUGUUUUUUCUUACUUUAUCUAUGAAUUUAACCUUCUCAUGCAUGCUAGGCCAACACUGUGCUAUUGGCACUAUCCUUCUUUUGUAAAUUUUAUUUUAUAACAAGGUCAAUAUGGAAGUGCUAGAUGGAGGUGUCAAUUCCCAUCUAGGACUUCCAUGGCUCCAAAAUUGAAGAUCCUGAGUUACUAGAUGCUGCCAUCCUGAGAGGAAGCUCUACAGUGGAAACUCAAGGGUCAUGUGAAACUGAGAGACACAUGUAUUUGCUUUACCUGCAUUAUGACAGAAUUUUCUGAAGAGAUAUAAGGGGGCUUCUGACCACUGGAUUGGCCUCCACAGAGCGUCAAGACAGCAAGCACCCUUGGACGUGGACAGACAGUACUGAGUAUAACAACUUGUACGUUUUCAGAAAACUUUUCCUGGAUCCACAUGUUGGAAGCAUAAAACCAUCUACAGCAAGUUGUCUGUGAACUUCAAAAUGCACUGUACACAUUACAAAAACACAUAGCAAACACCCAAAUAUAUUUUGAAAUUACAAAGAUAUUGGUGUGAAGAGAUGGCUCAGCGGUUAAGAGCACCAAUUGCUCUUCU